AUGAAAAAUAAGGUCUAUCUAUUACUAGACGAGAAAUUAUUUAAACUAAAAGAGCUAUACUUUUGCCUUACUUGUUCACAAAUUAAAAAUGAAUAUAACCUGAAGCAAGAAAUCGAAUACUACUUUUGCAAUGGGUGUACUCAAAUAUAUACAAAAAGCGAGUCAGCAAUUUACUCCUAUGAAUGUUUGCGCUGCUUCAAAUGCCCCUGUUGUUUCAGCUGCUUAACAAUCUCACAAAAAUAUUUUGAUAAACCUAUUGAGAAAAUAUGUAAUUUAGAACCUCAGAAUAAUGAAGCUAAUGAUAGUGGUUCGGAGAAUCAGAAUAGAGUGACAAACAAUUACAUGCAUGAGAAAAGUAGCAAAAAUGUUGAGGACGAUUUGAGUAGCACCCCCUCUUGCACAUUUUACACUAAAAAUGUGAAAAAAUCAAGUGAAGAAAAAAUAUCCUAUGAAGGAAAUAAUUCAUUAGAUACUGAAGACGAAAAUAACAUAAAUGAAAAAGACAACAAAAUGGAUAACAGUGUGUGUACUUUUUUUAAAAAAGGGAAAAGUCUAUUUUAUUUUAAAUGUCCCUAUUGUUUAUGGUCCUCUAUUAAUUCUUUAUAUAACACAAAGCUAGAUGAAUUAAUUGGAAACAUGAUAAUUUCGGAAAGAAACUGUGUAUUUAAGAGUUAUUUCAAAACCGUCUUAAGUGAGCUCAUAAGAAAUAAUGAACAAUUGAGGGAGAAGAAAAAUUUAAAGAAAACAAACAAAAAUGCAACUUUGCAUAAAAUAGGAAAAUUCAGUCCUAUCCAUGAUGUCAACGAUUGCCUUAAAUCACAUGAUUCUAUAUACAAGGAAAUUUCAGGGCAGUUUUUAGCAAAAACAGGAAGAGAUAAAGAUGAAGAAAAAGAAAAAGAUGAGGAAAAGAAAAAAAAAUACAUGCUGAUAUGUAAGUCUAAAAUAAAAGUAGAUAACAUCCGAUUGAAGGAUAUACUAAAUGCAGAACAUGUUAAAGAUCGUGAACUGUCUCGGGAUAUUUUCGAGUUGGAAAAUGAGAAUGUGCAAUAUUUAGACCCAAUAGAAUUUCAUCUGCAGAAGGAGUUCAAAGUAAUGGAUCAACACUGGGAACAUAAUAAAAUGGUGGAAAAUCAUAUAAAUGGAGAAAACUCAAUUAAUAACGGCGGUAGGAAAAACAAAAAGGAUAGCAUAAAUGGAGGACCUCCAAGUGAAGAGACCAUAGAAAAAUUAAAAAGCAAUGCAAAGAACAAUCUAAUAAUUCAUUCCAAAAGUAAUAUAUCAAUUGAACACAUACACGAUUACCCCUACAAUUUUUAUAAAGGCAUUAGUAAGUUAAGACCUCUAAGAACCAAGCUAGUAAACAGGAAGUCGAAGAGAUGUAGUACUUGUAAGCAAUACAUAUUAAAGCUUCAUAAUACAAAUUUAUCUUCAUCUACAAGAUUGGAUAAUAAUGCGAUGAAAUUUAUACCGAGAAUAUAUAUUAAUGACUUCAAAGUUGUAAAGAGAAAAAAUGGAGUUUUAAAUUUCAUUUUAAUAAAUCCACUUGACUCAGAAAUGAAUAUAAAAAUAAUACCAGAAAUAGAAUAUAAUUUUUUGAAAGCCAUGAACAUAAAUAAAAUAAUAUCAAAUUGCAAAUCUAAAGCUGCUUCUUUUGAGUUUACAUUGGACACAUAUGACGAAAUUAUAGAUGAGUUAUUAAAAGGAGAAAAAAACGAUAUCCAAAAUGUGGUAACAAGUGAAUAUAUUAUUAUAAAAAGGCAGAAUAACAUGGCCUUAGUAAUUAUAAGUUUUUAUUACACAGAACAGGAUAUUUUGGGCACCGAAUUUUAUCCUGAAAAAAACAAACUACCAGAUGUUCCAGAGGUGGGGAGUGAUAGUAACAACACAGAAGUAGAUCAGGUGAGGAAAUUAAAUUUCCCACUCAUAUUGGAAUGUUCGUUUUCCGAUAAAUCAAAGAAAGUACAUAAAUUAAAAUUAAAUCUGCUCUUUACGAAUUACAUUAGUCCACGUCCGUUUCGCCAUUAUGCAUUGAAUGACUCUGAUUAG